AUGGCCGACCAAAAUGGUGGAAAUAAUUCUAGAGAGUCUGUGGUCAGUCUACCAUUCAUUUUGAAUCAAAUUUCAUCCUCUUUUUAUUUCAGGCUCAACCCCAUUUUGUCGCUGGAUCAAUCAUCAUUUUUGAGCCAUCUUUGGUAUGUUGGGGUAAAAAUGUCAAUCAGCUUGUAUGCUCAUGCUCUAUGUCACUUUAUUUUUUCGUGUUUGACCCAAAAAACUUUUUUUUCUGUUUUUUUUUUUUUCUGUUUUUUUUUUUUUGAUCUUUUUUAUGCCAAUUUUUCUUUAAAAACAUCAGUGAUUUUUUUCUCUCGAAAGUCUUUUUGCUACAGAUCAAGGUCUAUAAACCAUUCUAAACCAAUUUUCCGACCUUUUACCCGUUUUUUUUUAAAUCUACUUCAACGUAAUUCCCAUGUAAAACAUCACGCAAAAUUCAAUUUUUAGAGAGCCCAAGUGCCCGUUCAAGGAAUUUUGUUCCUGACUUUUGUCGCCUGUUCUCUUCGCAUUUUCCUGGCGCUGAUCAAGAUCAAAAAGUAUCGAGCCAAACGUCUAGCAAAGGGACGGCCACCAAUCUUGGAUGAGAAGGAGUAUUACAAUGUCGCGGCUGAUGGACCCAUCGAUGAGGAAUGGAAGGAAAAACUGCAAAUCAAAGGCCCUCAGAAGUAA